UUCUCAGUUGUGUUUGGAUCACGAACCAAAGCAGACGCAUCAGAGUUUAGCGAAAAAUCAAGUCGCCGGCUAAUUGAGUAAAUGGCAAUCUCCGCUUGGACGCUUCUGGUGGCGAUGAUCGCAUGGCGAUCUGGAGCGGAGGUCGAGGCACAGGUGCCGGGUCCGCGGACUCGAUACCAGCCCAAUUGGGCCAGCUUGGACCAGAGACCACUGCCCCAGUGGUAUGACGAGGCCAAGGUGGGCAUAUUCCUGCACUACGGCGUCUACUCGGUGCCCAGCUUCGGAUCCGAGUGGUUCUGGACUAACUGGAAAAAUCUCCGAAAUCCCGACUACAUCCGAUUCAUGCAACGCAAUUACAAGCCCGACUUUACUUAUCAGGAAUUCGCCGACCAAUUCACUGCCGAGCUAUUCAAUGCCACUCAGUGGGCGUUACUUUUCAGAGAUAGCGGAGCCAGAUACGUAGUGCUGACCAGCAAACAUCACGAUGGCUUCACGCUGUGGCCCUCGAAGAGCAGCUUUGGAUGGAAUUCCGUGGAUGUUGGACCCAAACGGGAUAUAAUCAAGGAACUUUCGGCCGCCGUUCGAAAGGAGUCCGAUCUGAAGUUCGGCCUAUACUAUUCCCUUUUCGAGUGGUUCAACCCGUUGUGGACCGACGACAAGUUGCAUCUGCUGAUGCAGCAGCAGUUUGUGGAGCGAAAAGUGCGUCCGGAGCAAAUGGAACUGGUGCAGCAGUAUCUGCCGGAGAUCAUUUGGUCCGAUGGCGAUUGGGAGGCUCCGGCCAAGUACUGGCGUUCCGAGGAGUUCAUCGCCUGGCUGUACAACGACAGUCCUGUGAGGGACACGGUGGUGACCAACGAUCGCUGGGGCUUCGGCACUGCCUGCAUGCACGGCGACUUCUACAACUGCGCCGAUCGCUUCAAUCCCGGGGUCCUGCAGGCUCACAAGUGGGAAAAUGCCUUCACCCUGGACCGCAAAAGCUGGGGCCAACGAUUCGAUGUCAGUUUGUCCGAUUUUAUGACCUCAAAGGAAGUCAUUAAAGAAAUCGUCACCACUGUCAGCUGCAAUGGCAAUGUUUUGAUAAAUGUGGGACCCACCAAGUUCGGCACUAUUUUGCCCAUUUUUGAGGAGCGUUUGAGGGACAUGGGUCGAUGGCUUAAGACCAAUGGCGAGGGAAUUUAUGGCAGUGUGCCAUGGAUUUACCAGAACGAUACUGUGACACCCAGUGUUUGGUAUACGCGACGGCAAAGCGCCUCCAAUGGCAACAUAACCAUAUACGCAUUUGUUCUGGACUAUCCGUACGACUCAAAUGAACUGGAUAUAUAUCCACUUGGCAAGGAAAUCAAUAUCUUCCGCAAUGUCAUGCUGACUGGCAUCGAUUUGGGCACCGGUGGCGAGAUCCUUAAUAAGCAAAGCACUCAGGUGGUUAUGUUGGGCAUGGAGGACACCAAAAUAAAGUGGACCUCGGCUCACAACAGAUUGCACAUUGAGUUUCCUCCUAAAAACCACAUCGAUAAGCGAGGACUGGACUUUGCCUGGACUUUUAAAAUAACUAUAACGUAGGACAGUCCAUAAAUAAGUUUGCUUAAUUUUGUAUAAUAUUAUAUAAUUAAUCAGGCAUAAAUAAUUUAAAAAUCUAAAAAACAUUAAAACAGAUAUAAUCAAUACAAUUUUGUUUAUAUCAAAUAUAUAUUAGUAAAUCUUUCGCAAACUAACAAAUAAUGAUUGACUUUAAGGCAAAACGAAAUCUAUUCAUUAAUUUUAAAGGAAUAAAAUAUUUUAUGAUUAUUUUUGCUAUAUAAUUAAACUAAAUGUGUAUUUUUUUUUUGACCAUUUGGAAACCCAACUUUAAUAUUAACUCAACUUUCGAAUCUAAAUAAAAAAACAAGAAUAUUUAGUUCUUCAUCCCAAAUCUUCUCAAAUAAACAAAUCCAAGUUCGGUUGUAUCAAACUAUCAAUCUUAAUGUAAGAAUGAAUAAAUCAAGGCUAAAUCAUGA